AUGAGCAUCCCCAGCGGAGGCCACAAUCCCGCUUUUGGCCACAACGGCCCUCCUCCCCCAGGCACGACGCGCACCGUCCAGCCGCUCGUCUACUACGCUAUCCCCCGGGUGGGUGUUUUCCCUCGUACCCCACCGAUGGCGUGCUAUUAUCCCGGCUACGGCCCUCCGCCUCCUUACGCGGCGGCACCUUACGCGGCACCUUACGCAGCACUAUACCCGGCAGCAGCCCCUGCGCUCGGUGCCACGUACGCCAUCGACGGGCGAGGCCAAGUCUACCAAUACAUCUCGGGCUUCAACGGCUCCGGCCGCUACCCCCAGCCCGCCCCGCCCGUCGACCCAACCUUCCCCGCAGCAAACCUCAUCAACAGCACGGGCGGCGCCGGCGCCGAGCCGGGCUACAACUACUUCUUCCCGACGCGGCACGCCAAGGUGGCUGUGCUGAAGUGCCCGAGCCCGCCGUGGAAGGUGCCGCCCGGCACGGUGCCGGGCGUCGACGACCAGAUGCACAAGACGCACAUCCCCGCGAACGUGACGAUCGCCGAGAUCCUGGCGGGCUUCGGCUGCCAGAAUCCGGACAAGGCCAAGAACCAGCUGUGGGAGGUCUACGAGCAAGGGGGCGGGCGCUGGGGCUGGAGGGAGCAUAUCACGGGCGACGACGAGGUCAUGACCGCGCGGACGGUGCUGGAUAUGGGCUGGUGCGAGGUUAGGAAUGGGGAUUUGCCUGUUACGUAUCUGUGGUUGUCGAAGACCUGA